CAACGCGGACGUAAACAGACGGCGAGUGUCGUAAAAGCGUCUCGCAGUGGAGGAGCGAGUAAAAAGAGGUCCAUUGUGCUCGCAGAGCAGCGCGGAACAAGAUCGUCUCCCUCACCCGCCGAGACCUUCGCGAUACUCGGACGCACCGGCCGCGGCUGUCUCCGGCGGAGGGUGACGGCGUCCUCCCGGCGAAAGGGAGCCGGAUUAUGACGAGUUAAGUGUUUAUUAGUGCGGCUAGCAGGCUAGCUCGGCUACAUGCUGCUGCUGCUGGCGCGGGAAAAAAAACAAAAAAAAACCCUCCGUCAAGCUGCUUUUUUUUUUUUUUUUUUCUUCACCUUUCUUCACCUUUCCUCGCCGGCCACCGCAGAAGGAAACGGGCGACGGUUUCCGCUCGCAAUUGUCCACUCGGAGGAAGCAGAAGUCGUCGCUCAAGGCGGAAGGCGUGCCACCAAGGGUCAGCCUGGUUGAACAUGACUCCCGAGCCACUGCGGGCACGGCCAACUCCCACCCAGCUUGUGGCCCUGGAGUCCGAGCCCAUGCACCAUGAUGGAGAGGCAUUGAGGUCAACUCGCUGACAACCGUCUCAAUACCUCAAAGCUCCCGACCCCAUCAUGCUGCGCUUCCUGCCUCUCAAACUGGGCCGCCUGUACCGCUGUCUCAAGCUCCUGUUCGUGGUGGGCUUGUUCGUCAUCCUGCUGAUGAACACCCACAACCUGUUUGCCUCCUUCCAGAAGAACGAGCUGACGGACCGGCGCUUCAUCAACCUCAACAAGUGUCCCGCCUGCUUCGGCACCAGCUGGUGCCGCAAGUUCAUGAACGGUCAGGUGUCGUUUGAGACCUGGGGGCGCCUGCGCUUCCUGGACAUCUUCAACGUCAAGAACGUUUACUUUGCUCAGUACGGGGAGCCCCGGGAGGGCACCCGUCGAAUUGUACUGAAACGCCUGGGCUCCAACCAGGAGCUGGCCGAGAUAGACCAGAAGAUCUGCAAGAGGGCCACGGGCAGGCCGCGCUGCGAUCUGAUCCAGGCCAUGUACAAGACCGAAUUUGCCAGGAUCAACGGUGACGUGCGUCUACUCACUCCGGAGGUGGUGGAGGGCUGGUCGGACCUGGUGCACUGCCCCUCCCAGAGGCUGCUGGACCGGGUGGUCCGGCGCUAUGCUGAGACCAAAGACUCUGGCAGUUUCCUGCUCAAAAACCUCAAGGACACGGAAAGAAUGCAGCUGCUCAUGACCUUGGCAUUCAACCCGGAACCGCUUGUCCUGCAGAGCUUCCCGUCGGACGAAGGCUGGCCAUUCGCCAAGUACCUGGGCGCGUGCGGGCGCAUGGUGGCGGUGAACUACGUGGGGGAGGAGCUAUGGAGCUAUUACCACGCCCCCUGGGACAAGAGGGCGGACCUGGCGAGGCAGCUGAUGGACAUCGCCGAGCAGCUGACCAACAACGACUUUGACUUCGCUCUCUACCUGCUGGACGUCAGCUUCGACAACUUUGCGGUGGGCCCGCGUGACGGCAAGGUCAUCGUGGUGGACGCCGAGAACGUUCUGGUGGCGGACAAGCGGCUCAUCAAGCAGAACAAACCGGAGAACUACGACGUGUGGUACGAGAGCCGCUUCGAGGAGUGCGACCGCGAGGCCUGCCUGUCCUUCUCCAAGGACUCUCUGUGCACCCGGGUCACCGUGGACCACAACUACUACGCCGUGUGCCAGAACCUGCUGUCUCGCUACGCCACCUGGCGGGGCACCACGGGGGGGCUCCUCCACGACCCCCCCGCCCACGUAGCCAAAGACGGCCAGCUGGAGGCGCUGCUGGACGAGUGCACCCGGCCCAAGAGGCGCUACGGCCGCUUCCAGGCCGCCAAGGAGCUGCGCGAGUUCCUCACCCGGCUGUCGGCCGACUCCUCCCCCGCCAGGUAAUCCACGGCCUCGGCGACGGACUGGAUCCCGGAAGCGCGCACGAUGUCUUUACCGCUCCUUUGAGCGGGACGCAUCCUCUCGGUGAAGACUUCCUUCCUUCCUUUCAUAAAAACUCGCCACAUUUGCCGCGUUUACGUUCGGAUCGGUUUAUUCCCCCCCCCCCAAGUAGCACGGCUGCGGAGGUAGCACGAGUGCGCCCGAGGAGCAGCUCGGAUGCCGUCAAUCACGUUGUUGUCGUCGUGGCGAUCGUCUUGUCUCCCCCCUUGUCGAGUCUGUGGCUGGAGCAUUCUGUUACGGCGGAGACCAAAGAGGUCCUGAUGACACGGCGGCCGCAGCCUCCGUCUGGAAAAAAGCAAUAGUUGGAAAAAGAAAACCCAAGUUCUGCUCUCGGGAACAUGUUUGUGUUCCUCGGACCCUCAGACGUUUGUACGUGCGUCUUUUGUACCGUCCUUUGCUUUCAGUCUCCUAUCAGCCUGGUCUGGUUGUUCCUGUGCCUUUCAUUCAAAAGUUGUAUUGGCAACUUUUAGUGGUUUCAUGAUUGGAAUAAAAGAAGAUCUAUAUCUCGAUACAGAAACGUA